AUGGGGCGGGGGCAAGAAUCUCAACCCCGGACUGGAUUUUGUUGCCCCUCGCGGGAUGGAUCUUGUGCUCGCGACACGGUACCCAUUUCGUACACGGAACGCUGGUCCAAAACAAAGACUGCCGCACGGAAGCAAGGUCUACCUACUACUACUAACGGUAUCGAAUUCGCACAAACACGAUCGUCGAACGUCGGAGAAUCCCGACCCGCAUCCAUUAUUGCAGGCCUUACUAUUAGAUUCCGUACACGGUUUCGUAUUAUGAAAGACAUUUUUCAUUUGCGCAAGCACAAAGAGGAUGCGGACGAUCUUAGCAGCCCGAAAGAAUCCGCAGGCGGCUCGACGAACAGCAGUCCCAAUCGUUCACCCAAUAAAAUGACCAACGUAUUGACCGGAGUCACCAAGGUUGUCGGCAGUACGGUGACCAAGGCCAAGCAAGGAGUCGUCCCGGCAUUGGGCGGGUUCAACAACGCCGGACCGAAUACCGCCGUCGUCAAAGUUUCGGAACAGUGGGAUAUUCGCAUGCCACCCGUCAAGAAACACAUGAUGGGAGGGCAUAUGGUACCCACUAUGCGCAGUACGGUCGCCUUUUGGUCGCAGAAACAUCGUCGCGUCUCGAUGGAGAUUCGAGGACCGCCGGACGAUGCCGAAGGUAACGUUAAGCCCAGCGCGGCGGGGUUAAAGCGCAAGAAUCUGGAAGAUAACGAGUUUGUCGUGGUGCGAAUAUUGAAAGAAAGCAAAGGACAAGGGGAUCACGACUCUGACGACGACGAUGACCAGUCCGUUGUCCCAUCAGGGGCCGCGGACGAAGGAAAUAUGGUGGUGGAUCACAGUGGCAAACACUGGAAAACACACGGAACGUACCGUCUCGAAGAUAUUGAUAUUCUCAAAUCGCACGGCAAGACGGUAGAAAUGCGUCUCGGAUCGGGCAACGAAAUGGUGAUUCGCGACGUCAAGUUUGAAGGCGAAAAGGAGGCCAACGCCUUUGUCAAAAAUUUGGAACACUUAGGGACGUUGGAAAAAACUCGCGCCCGCCAACAGGUGGAGCUCUACAAGUCCAGUAGGACCGCCAGUGACUCAGCCAGGAAGGGUAUGUCGCGGGCUUUGGGACCCGACGGUAGCGACGGUGACGAAAAGAUUAACAUUCUCGUCGAAAUCGUCUCGGCGAUGGACUUGCCUGUGGCCGAUCUCCUUUCUACCGACGCCUAUGUGAUUGUGCGCAUGGGAGGAAGUGAAGUACAUCGCACGUCGGUUAUUUCCAAGAACCUCAAUCCGAUUUGGACGCUUUCGACGGGAUCACUCUUCUUGAUACAAAAGACACCGGAAGAGUUUUUUGGUGCCACGUCUGGGAUGAGCUUUCUCUUGAAGGAUUAUGACGCGUUUGGUGCUAAUGAUGUGUUGGGUCGUGUUAGCGUCUCGCUGGAUGAAGUGCUCAAGGCGACCGGAGAGCGAACGGAGUACGAUAUCGCCCCCGAUAAGCCCGGCAAGUCGGCAGCUGGCGAAACAGCUGGCAAAUUGUACUUGCGAAUCAAGCCAGCAACCCAAGAUGAUAUUGAGUUUAUGAAGGUUCUUCCCGCAAACGCCAAGAAAGGUGGAGUCUACAUCGAUGAGACCUAUCUUCCUCCCCGUCCUCCAAAUUCUAAGAUUCUCAAACGUAUGACGAAGCGUGGAGAGAAUCGCGAACAUUUGCACCGCGUGAAACCGUUCCCCGAUCCAGACCGCCCAGAAGAUCAAACAAAGUGGUUGACCGAAGAACAAAUAGAGAAGGAAGCCAUGAAGCCCUCGACCAAAUGGGUAGAGGCUGGAUCAGGCAGUUUGGGCAAGGUUUAUUUUGAGAUUCUCAAAUGUGAUAAAUUGCCAAACAUGGAUGCGACGACGCUGAACAUACGUGACAAGACUGAUGCGUUUGCGUGUAUCGCAUUUGAAGAUUGCCUCAUUAAUACGGAUGUUAUCGGUGACAGUCUGUCGCCCCGCUGGCCACACUGGUCGAGACGGGCCUUUGCAUUCAAUAUUGAUCACCCUUCGUCGGACAUGUUUGUUAGUGUCCUGGACUACGAUCCGCCAAUGGGUGUCGGACAGGUUGCCUCUCGAGCCACAUCGACAGUACAUGACCCAAUUGCCCGCUGUUUGCUUAAUGUGUCCAAGCUUUCGCCAAAUACGGUUUACACGAUGGAUUUUCCGCUCUUUUACGGAGAGCUUGCCGAGCAUCGUAAGAAGCAACGAGGAACCAUGACAGUGCGAAUGCGUAUUGAAUGGAACGAUAUUCGCGGUGCCAUGAUCAAGGGCAUCAAGCCUUCUAUCACUAACUAUGUAUCUUGCUCUAAGAUGAUUGACUACCAAGUAGCCCAUUACACAACCGAGGGGGUGCAUGAUUACAAUAAGUGGAGCAUGACGACGUUUACGAAGCAUAUUGAAGAGUUACAAAGCUAUGAGAAAGUCCUGCCUUACCUGCAAGAGGCGGGUAUGACGUUAUUGCUCUGGCGCGGUCAUCAUCCAGUUGUCGUCGCGGGCAAGACCUUCAAUCUGCCUUUGCAUUCAAUCACAGCUUUUGCAUGGGCCAUUCUUAUUUCGUGGAAUUUUAAUUUGUUCCCGUCUUUUCUUGUUUUUUCGAUUGGUUGGGCGAUGGUUGCGUCUUCCGAGUAUCAGCGUAAAACACCAUCGCCGUGGCAUCGUUGCCGCAGCUUUUUUGUCUUGUUCAACAUGUUGGCCACGAGCAAGACGCAGCCUUUUGUUAUCAAACCCAACCAGAAUAUAGAGGCCGUGAAAGCCUUCAACGAAGCCGCAGCCGAACGAGAAAAGCGUCAUCUCAAGCAAAAGGAAUUAGAGUUGAAGCACGACGAAGAAUUGCGGAAGGAGCUCGGAGAAGAAAUUAACGACGCUGAAGCCGGCGACGUGGAUAUAGCUACACAAAGCAAGAACCCACUCUCAGCACUGACGUCGUUGAAUCCUCUAAAAGGUGUCUUGUAUCCAAUUCAGUUGCAAUUGGGUCAAGGGGUUGUAGCGCUUCGUAUCGCCAAGAGCAUUUUUCUGUGGGAGGAAUCUUACUAUGCCUUUUGGAUUACUAUAGCGUGUUUUGCUGGAUCUCUUGUGAUUUGUUGGGUUCCAUGGGGCUGGGUUCUGCGUUGGAUCUUUAGAAUUGCAGUGCUUGUCAUCUCCGGGCCGUGGAUGAUGAUUGUUGAUCAAUAUUACUUUCGGGAAGACCCCAAUCUCACGGAGAAGGAAAGGGAGAACGCAGUGAAGGCUCGUCUCCAGUCCCGCUACACGGCCGUCUUACAGGCGGCGACAAACUAUCAGAUUCGGAAAGAACGGGCAAUCAAACUGAAAGAUAUGAAACGCUACAUGUUCGGAAAAUAUCUUUUGCGUGUUCCACGUUUCAUGGAAGACGAGUUCACCGAUAUUCCGCUACCUACUUCGUACGCGGAAGCCUACGAUCCAGACAAUGCCACUCCAGUGACUAUCGCGGAGCGCAAGUUUGGACAAAACCUGUCGGGUGACAUGAUUCCCGUUCGCGAGGUUCAGGCGGCCGAAGCGAAACAAGGGAGUGAUGGUUUGUCGGAAAGCAAGAAGCGAGGGUUUUUACGGGCGCGUAUGACGGAUGCCGGUAAAAUCAAGAACCAGGCCGAAAGAAUUCCCCUGUUGGGCAAGGCGUUUGGAAGGAAGUCAAAGGAAUACGAUUCUACCAAACAUUUUUCCUUCUGUGCGGCGAGAUUGCGAGAAAUUAUGGAUUACUACCCCGAGGAUUUGUUGGUGGGCGUUUUUCCGUUGGUUUUUGCCGUAAAUUCGAUUUUAGGAGAAGAAACGUUUACGAAGGAAGAUUCCAAGUCUUCGUCAUCCCAUCGAAGUUUGUUUGAAAAAUUUCUUGACGCCAUCGCCGCAUCUUUAAUCCAUGAUGGAGCCGAAGAGGGCGAUCGAAAACGAACAGUCUCUCUCUUUCGUUCGGAGGAUGAAUCAAGCGAUGACGAUGACACUUCCGACGGUCACUAUAGACGCAAAGGCGGAGGCGCCCUGUCGACAGGAAUUUAUUCCGGCUUUGGUCGCCGCAAUUUUGAUCCAUCGCGACUAAACAACGUGGCUUCCAAAACGGCGUACGCCAAAGCGCUACAGCACGGCGAAGGGUUCUUUGAACGGGCGCGCAUAGAGUCGGUCAGCACAAAACACGGAUUUCCUCCUUCAAAGGACCCUGAAGGCCACAGCAAUUUGGCGCAGUCAUUGCCGGCCGCACUUUCCACAAAAGACAACGCAAAGCUUAAGUCUCUGUUUGAGAAGCAUCCUUUGGACGGAAUUCUACCUUCGGGUUGGUUGGAAAAACAUGUUCAUGCGUUACCCAGUGUGAUACUAGUUGUUUGUACCGUUUCCUCGUCCCAAACCCAGCAAGAUCGGGCUGACAAGCAUUUGUACAACACAGUCGAACACUUGUACUACAGCUUAGUACCCAAGCGUCAGUGUACUAUCCACGUGAUUGGGCUUUUGCAAGACAACGUGACAAUCGCUCAGGGAGAUGGCUGGUGCCGAGCCGUGAACAACGAAAUGUUAGGAAAUGAGACCGGUUCGCGGUCCCACAAGCGUGUCGGUAUUCCGCCUCUGGAAGUUUCCAUUCUACGCACUGUUGCUGAUUUGGAAAGUAACGACACGGGAUUGCCGACGAGUGAUGCCUUGCGAGCUUUGCACCGACGCAUUCGCAGCUCCAGUCUACAGUACUAUCUGAGUCAAGCACGACGGACCAAAGAAAAGCUCGCAUUAUUGAAGCAGCUAAGCCAGCGAGGGAGCGGGCCGCCUGAGCCGUUGCUUCCCCUACUUAUUCGAUAUUGUUUUAAGAUUGCCAUAUUCUACGAAUUCCAAUGGAAGCACGAAAAGUCUCUGAAGUUCAUGUCAGAUGCCUAUCUCUACGUCACAACAUUCUACCAGUACUUGCAAUUAAGGCGUCGGAACAUUGCCUGCAUCCCUAAAACGUCGGAAAAGUUAUCGUCGCAAGACGCCAUCAACUUGACUGCAGACAACACAGACAUUAUCGGGAGUGGCUCCAAGGAUGAUCAAGGUUCUGAUAGUUUAUGUGAAUGGUGGUACACACCAUUACUAUCCCCGACCGAUGAUAUGGCACACCAAUGUCGGGCCGUGGCUGAAUGGUUGCACUUGAAGCUGCUUUUGGCCGGCUUUGUUUCAGGCACAACGGAAGGUCUACUGGCAUCGUCACAGCAGUGGCGUCAGCAUGUCCGCAUCUUCGCAACUAGACGGCGUCCUUUCCCUGUCAACGAGACUGCCGUAUGGUACGAUUGGGUAUAUAUUCUUCAACAGCGUGUCGUCCUGGGUCAACUUUUGGAGCGACACCCACCAAAAGUAUCUGAAUUAGCCAAUGGAGAGCUUCAGUUGCAAUUCUCGAUUUGGAAGUGCAGAGAGUCUGCUGUCGAAGCAUUGUUGGGUUUGGCUAAUGCACUGGAUUAUACAACGCCAACGGAGGACAUGCCAUUGUUGGAUCCCAUGCGAGCACGGUACGUAGGCCAACUGGACCCGGAAACAAUGCAAGCUAGACUCCGAGAGUUGAUGAGCGUGGAUCAUCGCGCAAAAGCCCUUGACCUCGUGCUUCAAGCCAUAAGUUCGUUCGAACAAGAGCUGGAAGAAGAGAAGCGUGGAUUUUUUGCCGAGGAUGUAUUCAGUGAAGGUUCUUCGAGUCGCACUGGUGCCCGACUUUACUAUUUGGCCGGAGGGAUACUGCUUGCCAAAGGUCGACACCAAGAAGCUGUUGGCCAGCUGCAAAAGGCUUCCAAGUUAUCCCGUGGCUGGCGUGAGCUAGAGCUGGCCAUCCGUCGCAUGCUGAUUGAGUGCUACGAAAGACAUUUACCGUCUGCAUCCGAAGCAAAGGAAAGCAGCCAAACAUUAGGGUCAAUGAUUUUGGAUUCAUAUUUCAAUGCGGAAAUGUCAUCCACUGACCUUCGCUGCGCACUAAAUCAUUUUGCGUCAAUAAAUGGCGGCAAUGUGCUUAGGUGGUACCACGAUACAAUUGAAGAAGACAAUCCAAGCUUACCCUUUUGCUUCCAGAUAACCUUUCCAAAUACCAUUUUCGCAACUGCUGGAGACACCGUUGACGCGUCAAUCCUCAUCAAGUCGAAUCUAGAUUAUGCUGUACACAUCAACUCAGUAACGCUAGUGAGUCUAGCUGGAGACUUACCUAUAGCCAAGCUUGAUCUUCUGGGAGCGACAAACGCGAGCGAAGGCGACCAAGGGAAAGGAAUAAUUGUUCAGCGAAAUUCGGAAAUUACAAUUUCGACAAGUGUAAAGCUGCCCAAGGAUGUGUCGGCAAUCGCGACUGACGACAGUGGAAACGGAGGGGAGACUCAAGGUAAAGCUGGUAAAGGUUCAUUUGCUAAAAGCGCCAGACCUCGAACAUCCGGCAUCACUUCAGCAGGCGGUGCUCGACUUGUGUCCGAAGAUCAACUUGUGCAAGGAAACAGUGUCUCGCAGGGAUGGAAUAUGCGCUUUUUGGGAGGCAAGCCCUUGCGUUGCGAUGGACUUAAAAUGACAUUCUACCCAGUCCAGGUAGAGAAGGCUAUUGGAGGGGAAGCCGUGACCUUUAUUGAGCUGUGGAUCGAGAAGAAGGAAUCUCGAACAGCUGCAAAUAUAAAGCGAACUCCAUUUGAGGAAGAAAAUUACAUUGCAUCAGCUUGGUCUAGACCUUGGGGUCUUCCGCUUUCCCGAGGACCACGCUCAAUUCGAGUUCUCGAUCCAACACCUCAACUAGUGAUACGCAAUUUAACAGAUCCGGUCACAAAAGGCACAGCUUUAGAAGGAACCGUAAACAGAACAGUGCUUCAACUGCAGGCUGGUCCUAGUGAGAUGUGCACAAACAUUGAGAUCAAGGUCUCAUGUUUUAGCGUUUUAGUUACUCCAAACGGCGCAACCAAGCGUCUGGUUUCCGUAAUCAAGUCGGAAGAAGAAGUGGACGGAUCCAUUAAUAUGAAUAAUCCAGCUUUCCGGACUCCUACAUUACUUCGACGCUGUCCUCAUGACGCAGAGCCUUCCAUAGCGGAACGUGGAUACAAAACUCCUCCAGGAUGGAGAUCUCUUGAAGCAACAGAGAGAUACAAGCUACCUUCUCUUCGAGGUGGAGAGGCAACACUUUUUAAUGUUGAUAUGUACCGCCCUGCUCCUUUUGUCAAAAACAGUUCUGCAAUCCAGGCAAAUGAUGUACUCGAUGGAUCUACAAUUGAUUAUAGUAUUUGUAAGACGGACUUUUAUGUUACUGUCACCUAUCAGCAAGAGAGACCUGCGGCUCACAGAAAGAAAGGAGGCCGUAGAACAGGCCGCCAAAAACCACAAAUGUCAAGAAGUGUCUCGGCAGCAACUGAAGAAGCCAAUCCGGUGGAGUGCGCUGUCACGGUUGACAAUGUUUCUAACUCAGUGUCUACUGAUCUUGUAUCACUGGAAUACAGUAGCUCUGUCAUAUGGACACAACCGCUCAUCGCAAAAUUCGCGUUGGGAACGAAGAAACAAAAUCAAUCAGGCAGUAGGCACCCCUCCAACUCUCUUUUGGUGGAGAUGUCUCAAAGGAAAGAUAAUGAUUCCGAAUUUUCCCUUAUUGAUGGGGAACACUUUGUCACGAAGUGUUCAUUGACAAUAAACGACUCCAUUGAAAGCCUACGAGCGGAACUUGUUGAAAUUCGCUUUGAGGACAACCAGGCUGACGAAGAGCCACUCAGACUGAAGUUACUGAAUGGACUUCUCAGAGAAAACAGCAACGUGUUAUACAAACCGACAACAGGGGAUCCUCUCCGCAAGCUUGGAGCCGAUUCCACUUUCUUGAUUUCAUAUGCCAUGGUGGCUCAGCUGAAGGAAGGAUUUGAGAAAGGAGGGGUGUCGGCAAAGCUUGGCUCUCUCCUGGUGGAUUGGAUACCGUCGGCUCUGAUACUUGAUAAUGCCUUCGAAAACAAAUUCGUGGGCACAUCGGGUUCACUUGUGCACGGACCACUUGCCAUGGGUGCACCUCUCACCAUACGUUUCCCCGGGCCACCUUGCUAUAUUGAAGGGCCUCCAUUUGAGACCAGACUCCAAGAUAUUGAUCCAGCACCGCAAGUCUCGAUUCCUUUUAGAGUUGCAUACGAGAUCUGUAAUUUGACUGGCCAGCAUCAAACCCUUACUAUCAGCAUGGAUCAAAGAGGUGAAGAUGGAGAAGAUGAUGCGCUUAGUUUGAGUGGACUUAUUGUUUCGGGCCUUCUUCACAGCGAGCUCUACCUUGCACCAAUGGAAAAGUCCACGUUCGCUUAUACCGCUCUUCCAGUAAGAGCAGGUAUGACGCGUCUACCGAGUCUUUGGGUAUCCUCUUUCCGGCAUAACGCAUGGGUCGUAAGGGAAGACGCAGGAAGUCAAAGACCGUUGUGUGUCCUUCCGUAA